UCUAAGGUUUACAGUUUACACUAACCUAACUUUUACUAUUGCUUAUCAAUAUGAAAAUAAUGUGUAUUUUAUGCGUUGCUUACAUGUGCAGUAUUUUCUUAUUAACAAAUAAAAUCUUAUUGAAGUGUUAAUACUUUUGUUAAAAUCUGAAUUGGAAAACUUUCUGAUAUAAGUUUUUAUUUGUUCAAAUGGAUGCUACUGGGAAUCCUCAACCACAAAAUUGUGCUGUUAUUGAAAUUCAAGUCGAAUAGCCUAUAGCCUGAAUUAGCAGGUAGACAAUAAUGGCAGUAGAAUUUGACUUUGAUCACCUUCUGCAAUUAGACGCACUUGAAGAAGAAGGUAGAAAAGAACUUCUCGCCUUGUUUGAAAAUCUGGACGAAGGUGUUACACAGAACAAUAAUGCAGCUCACAAGGAAAAGAACAGUGAUAAAAGUGAUGAAGAAGUGAUCGAUAUUUUGGAACUUUUCAAAGAUAUCGAUAUUGAAUCAAUUAACCGACUGGGAAACUGCUCGAAUGAUGAUGGGGAAUUAUCCGUCAGUGAAAACAAACCAAAUUAUCAGAAGGGCACUCAUACAACUAUAGAAAAAGAGAAGAGUGAUAAAAGUGAUGGAAACCAUUGCGAUAUCUUCAACAAUCUAGACCAUAACACAUAUAGCAAACAAGAAAACUCAUCAAAACAUCAAAAUCAUCUGAAGGAAAGUCAUGCAACCACCGAGGAAGAGAACAUUCCUGAAAGUGAUGGAAACAAGAUCGAUAUUAUCGAGUUCUUCAAUAAUCUAGACCAAAAUACUGACAUCGAACAAGAAAAUUGUAAUAAUUCUAUUGAAGAAAUAACAGUCAGUGGGAACAAUCAAAAUUAUGUUCCAACUCCAUGUCAGAGGUGUGAGGCUCAAGGCAAAACCUAUAUGAAGGAAUUGAUGUUCCUCAACCAAAAACAGGCUUUUUAUGCCUGUAAAAAUGCCUCGUGUGUUGAAGAAGAUAAUAUUAGAGUAAUAAAAUCCAACUUUUGGGAAAAACAGCUUAAUGCGGAUGAUCUUGAACGCCUCAAUUUGCCUGGUGAACUAUUGGAUUACAUGCCUGUGAUAACGAACAGCGAUGCCAAAAGAAUCGCGAACAUUGCACAGUAUCGAGAGGAACUACAAGAAAAGCAAGUGGCAGAUGUACUUGGCGGUAUUUAUUGGAAGCUAGAAGGGACGAUACCUGCUGGACUCCUUACCUGUGCUGCUCCAUCGAAAUCGAAAUAUUCACUUGAUGAAGUGAGUGACAUUGAAGUGGAAAGAAUCAUCGCCAUAUUAAACUCUAUUGAUAGAGGCAAAAUAUUGGCUGGUAAAAAUACGGGGAAAACAGCUGCUCAAAAUAAUCCAAAGGAAAGUAGUAGUUGUCAUAUGUCAAAUCAUAGUAGUAGCUCUCGGAAGUCACAAGAACUGCCACUGACUGAGGACAAUGUUCAGAGCCCAGGGAAGAGAGAAACUGACAGGCGUAAUAACCUUAGUUCUAAGAAAAAGGCAGAUAACAACAAAAAGCCAGCAUACAAGAAAAAGGCUACAUACAAGAAAAAGGCAGCAUAUUUAGAAACAUACCAUCCAAACUCUGGACGUCCCUUAAGCCGGAAACCUGUAUAUAUUAGUGAUAAAAAGAAGAAGAAAAUUUUGGCGAGACAUAUUAAGGAUAUCGAAAUAUUGUCCAAAAAAUACGACUUAUAGAAGGUUAAUAUAAAGAAAAUCCAUUCCUGGAUUUAAUUGUAGCGGAGAUAAAAAUAAUAAACUUCUGAUAUCAGCAUCCUAGAAUCUAAAAAGAUUUCCUUCCUACCCAGUACAAUAUACAGAAACUAUACAACUAGUCGAAUUAUACAUAACAAAAAUCCUAUAUUUUCUCAUAUUUGGAUUGCUUAUAUGUGAUAAAAUACAUAUUAAAGUACUAUUAAACGUUUGUAAUGGUAAA